GUUUCUCUAGCUUGCAGUCGGAAAUACCUUGAAGCUCUGGACUGGUGCGUUAAUUCUCCGUGAUUUACAGCUUUCGGGUGUCUGGUGGUUGGUUGAGCAACAUUAGGGUGCAGUCUGGAGGACUUUUGAAGAAAAAUAUUGCUUUUGCUUGGGCACCUGAGCAGGGGUAUCAGAAGUCAGGACAGGCAGACACAGGCAGAUCACAGCAACUAUGGCUUCCGAAUUCAUGGGGGAUAUAAAGGAGGAGGUGACCUGUCCUAUCUGUCUGGACCUGAUGGUGGAACCUGUGAGUGCCGAUUGUGGUCACAGCUUCUGCCGAGCCUGCAUCACACUGAACUACAAGUCCAGCAAAGGCAAAGAAGGGGAGGGCAUCUGCCCUGUGUGCCGAGUGAGUUACCGAAUUGGGAAUCUGAGGCCUAAUCGACAAUUGGCCAACAUAGUGGAGAGGCUCAAGGGGUUCAAGUCCAGCCCAGAGGAGGAGCAGAAGGUGUUUCAUUGUGCAAGGCAUGGAGAGAAACUCCAGCUCUUCUGUGAGAAGGACAUGGUGGCCAUCUGCUGGCUUUGUGAGCGAUCUCAGGAGCACCGUGGUCACCAAACAGCUCUCAUUGAAGAGGUGGCCCAAGAGUACAAGGGGAAGCUCCAGGCAGCUUUGCAAAAGCUGAUAGCAGACAGGAAAGAAUUGGAGAACUGGAAAGAUGACCUUCAAAAGGAGAGAACUUUCUGGGAGAAUCAAAUACAGAAAGAUGUAGAAAAUGUUCAGAUGGAGUUUAGAAGACUGGGAGACAUCCUGGACUCUGAGGAGAAGAAUGAGAUGCAGAAGCUGAAGCAGGAGGAGCAAGACAUUAUGAACAGCCUGGCAGAAUCUGAAAAUAAGCAUGCCCAGCAGAGCAAGUUGCUAGGAGACCUGAUCUCAGAUGUGGAGCAUCAUUUGCAGUGCUCAACCAUGGAAAUGCUGCAGGGUGUGGAUGGCAUCAUAAAAUGGAGUCACAGUUUUUCACUCACGAAGUCCAAAACCAUCCCCAAGGAAGGAAGAAGAGUGUUCAGAGCCCCUGACCUGCGAGGCAUGCUACAGGUGCUGCAAGAGCUCAUAGAGGCCCAACGCUACUGGGUUCAAGUGACGCUGGUUAAGAACAACAAUCCAAACAUUGCCAUUACCGAGGACAAGAGACAAAUAAGAUAUGAAGACCAUCAAACAAGAAAUUUUGCACCUGGGGGUGAGAACUGUCAUGAAGGUGUCCUGGGCUACCCAGCUAUCCAAUCAGGAAAACAUUAUUGGGAAGUAGAUGUGUCUGGAAAAAGUGCCUGGAUUCUGGGAUUAAGUGAUGGAAGCUACCUCUUCAAUCCGCUAUUUCGUUCAAAUGCUGAAAGACACCUAGAUCCCUUAUUUCGCUUGGGUAUUAGUAAUGAUUCACGUUAUCAACCUAAAUAUGGCUUCUGGGUUAUAGGGCUGUGGAACAAGUGUGUGUAUAAUGCUUUUGAGGAGUGUGCUUUCACAGGCAAGCCCAGUGUCUUGACUCUGUCUCUGAUGGUUCCUCCCUGUCGUGUUGGCAUUUUCCUCGACUAUGCAGCUGGUACUCUCUCAUUUUACAAUAUUUCCCACCAUGGGACUCUCAUCUAUAGAUUCUGUGCAAAAUCCUUUCCUGAUAGGGUUUUUCCAUAUUUUAAUCCUAUGGGAUGUUCAGAGCCAAUGACAAUGUGCUCGUCCGACUGUUAAACCUUCAUCUGUUUCUGUGCAAGUGUGCAAGGCCACUGGCUCUAUUGUGUAUCUCAUAUGCUUGAACUCCUGGACACCAUUUUACCUUUAUUUUAUGUGUGUGUGUAUGUGUGUGUGUGUGUGUGUGUGUGUGUGUGUGUGUGUGUGUAUACCUAUAUAUAUAUUUUUCGGUCUCUAGUCUUUCUCUGUGAGCAUCUUUUACUGGUAAAUAGGAUAUAUUCAUUUCUUUGGGCCAUAUUCUUCAGAUCCUUGGUUUUUUGUUUUUUGGGUUUUUUUUUUUUUUUAGGUGAGAAUAGUAAAUCAUUUCCUGUAUGUUCAAGAACAAAUAUUUGAGGCCUCACUAUGUAAGAUAACUCUGCUGCCAAAUACCUUUUUAAUUCUCUAUGCCUGAGAUGGAUCCCAAGUGCUGCACCACUUGCCUGUGUUAUGUCUGUAUAAUCCCAUUCUACUCAUCAAUGAAAGAUUAAAGAAAGUUAUUUAACAACUUGUUGAUUCAUUUUGAAAAUUAUAUGUAGGAGUCCAUGGUUAAAAAAUACACCCUUGCAGGCCAGUAAUGGUGCACACCUUUAAUCCCAGCACUUGGGAGGCAGAGGCAGGU